AUGAAGUCACUCUUUUUAUCCCUCAUGGCGUUGACUACCACGGUAGCGAGCCCCGUUUCCCAAAUCACUCCACUCAUUAAACCCGGCUUUGCUCCAACAUUCAUUGAAACAUUCACCGGCUAUCCAGGAUCACUGCCCUCAUCUAGGAACUGGAUCUUCGACCUUGGAACUUCGUACCCAGGCGGAGCAGAACGAUGGGGAAACAACGAGUUCGAAACCUAUACCAACGAUCCUUCCAACGUAUAUAUAACAAAAGACCAAAAUUUGGCUAUUACCCCACGAUUGAAUAAGGGCAAUUGGACAUCGGCAAGGAUUGAGACUCAACGAAGCGAUUUCGUUGCUGAAGAAGGAGGGCAAUUGCUUGUUGAGGCGCGCCUGAAGCUUGGUGGAGCGCCCUCCUCAAAGAUGCAAGGCAUCUGGCCCGCCUUCUGGGCUCUGGGCAGCGAGUUCAGAGGCAACUACACGAACUGGCCGAUGGCUUCAGAGUGGGAUAUUAUCGAGGUGAUUAAUGGUGUAUCAACGGUUUAUUCCACAAUCCACUGCGGGUUUGCUCCUGGGGGACCAUGCAACGAGUAUAACGGGAUUGGAAGUGGAGGCAGGGACUUUUCCAGGGGCGAGUUCCAUACACUAGGGUUCAUGGUUGACAGGAGCAUGUGCGGCAAAGGAAAGAAUGCUACUUGGCGAGACGAGUCGCUGAACUGGUUCCUAGAUGGAAAGAAAAUCUUUAAUGUCACUGGUGCGACUGUUGGGGAUAAGCCAAGCUGGGUGCAGCUGGCGCAUAAGGAGCAUUUCCUGCUGCUUAACGUGGCCAUUGGUGGGAACUGGCCUGGUGCACCAAACAAUGCUACAAUUGAUGGGCCCUCGGUCAACAUGGAAGUGGAUUAUGUUGGUGUUUGGAACUCAUUGUAA